AUGACCCUGCCCCAAUCCCAUCUUCCACCUCCAGCGCGCCGCCACCCUCGCCACGCCGCCGCGCGCCGCCUACCCCACCCACGUGGCCUUCCACCGCCGACGACAUUCGACGCUGCAUCCGUUGCCUGCUCCCCCAUCCCUGCUACCACGGCGCCGCUUGGACUCCAUCCCACUGCUUCCACCUCGGCAAUGGUUCCCCCAACCCCGCCGGCUUCGCCAUCCCGACGCACUCCACCACCCGUUAGACCAGUCUGCCUGGCUCCCGUGGCGACGGCGCACUCCACCACCCAUUGGACCAGUCCUCCUGGCUCCCGCGGUGAACAUCGCUGCAACCCCGCUGUCGCUUCCCACCACAGCCGCUGGCCUACUCCACCUGCACGCCACUUCCCGACUUCCCCUUGA